CCUAGGGUUCUUCGUUCGGUGCUCUCUGCUCUCAAUGAAGUGUGGGGGGGAAAGUUCAAAAACCCCCCAAAAUUCAAAACCCUAACAGAUCUUCUGCAUCUUCAACACCAAUAUUAGGUGAUUGUAGAACUGUUUACCAGAGAGCACAGAAGUUAUACACCUUUCCGCAAAAUUUCACUUCUCAAUUUUUGAAACAUCGGGUCUCUAGCUGCAUCAUUUAGAGAAAUGAGCAACACAGUACGGAGAACUCCCAAAUCUGGAAGGCAGUCAUUGUUCUUCCAUGAUUUAGCGACACCAGUUACUUCUCGUAAAUCCUCAGGAAAGUUCAGUACUCCAGGUCAGGCAGCAGCUGUUUCAGCUUUAUGGCGUGAGAAUUUUGCCAACUCCGAUCUUCCGCCUCCACCAGUGUUUACUCUUGAAGAUCGGUCUGACUUUUCUCCGGAAUCUGGGAUUCCAGACUAUAUGGUGUCCCCGGAAAUUAAGUCAGACCCAAGAACCCCAGUCCUGAGUUCCGGGAAGGAAUUUGCAACUCUGAAAAGCAAGUCUGAGGCAAGCACUUCGUAUGCUGUAAUGGGUAAGCAACAUCUGAAUCAACAGACUCCAGUGGCAAGCUUGAGUUGGUGGUCGCCAGGGAAGAGUGGUGGUAGUGGUGAGCCAGAUGACAAGGGAAAGGGUUCUCCUGUGAAGGGUGUCGUUCAGCCUGGUGCUUUGAUCACACUUCCACCUCCGAGGGAAGUGGCAAGGCCAGAGAUGCAGAAGAAUUUCUUAUCUGUGGGAAACCUUGACGAGGAAGAAUGGGUCACUGUCUUUGGAUUUUCCCCAGGUGACACCAACUUCGUUUUGCGCGAGUUUGAAAAAUGUGGUUUGAUUUUGAAACAUGUUCCUGGUCCAAGAGAUGCAAAUUGGAUACACAUUCUGUAUCAGAAUCGAUCUGAUGCUCAGAAAGCUCUCAGCAAAAAUGGGAUGCAAAUAAAUGGUGUUCUAAUUGUUGGAGUGAAGCCAGUGGAUCCUAUGCAACGACAGGCUCUGAAUGAAAGGCUCAGCAAUCAAGGAUUUAUGACGUUACCUCCUGCACCAGCUAGUAGAAGCUCAGAGCCAAACACUUCGAGAACCUCUCCUCACCUUUACUAUCUUCAAAAUGGUAGUCUCAGUACUCGCCAGUCAUCUGGGACAAUUGCCACACCAGCAAAAUCUAUGGUGUCCAAAAUUGUGGAUCUGAUGUUCGGUGUUUAGUUUUUUGCUUUUACCUUGACAUAUUUUUCCUUAUAAUUUCGUUAUCUUAUGUUUGCGAAGUUCUCUCAUUAACUUCCAAGUCCGGCAAAUGGUACCAAAUGCAAAUGCAGUUGAGGGUAUUAGUUAUCUUUUCCAUGUUUCUUUUUGUUAGUUUUUACCCCGCAGCUUGUACUUGUUUAAGGGGGUACUGCAGCGGUUUUAGUGUCUUAUUGGGUUGAGAAAUCUUACUAUGAUGUUAUGGGUAUGGAGGGGUUGGUUGUAGAGUAUCACAUAAUGUUUCAUCAUAAUUGAUUGAGCUCUUGUUGUAGUGGUUGGUGUAUGAAAAAUUUAAUUAUG